AUGGGGAAGAAGAGUCGAGCUAGGAAACGAGCUGAAUCACGUCGUGCUGCUCGUGAAAGCGAAUCUCUUCCACGAGAUUCUGAUUCCAAUAUCAACGACUCGGUUGACAGCAUCAGCGUGCAAAACUCUGAUCUGGCUUCUUCUGACGAACAAGCUGAGCUUAUGAGUUCUGGCCUUAAUAUUGCUGAAGUUACAAUGACGCCGCCCGAGGGUAGCAGUAUUCGAUCUUCCAGGUUGCCGAUUCGGAUUUCAAGUUUACCCUUAAGCUGCUCUUCUUCACCCUCCUCCUCUCCUCGCUUAAUACCUGGGGAGAAAAAGUCUCGUAUUCCAAGACUACUCUCAUUGCGUGAAUUGAUAAAAUCACGCUCCGGGUACAACAGCGAGAUGAGUGAUGAAUCCCAUUUGGAAGUGAGUAGUGAAGGCUACAAUUAA